AUGAAGUGAACCCGCUGUAAGAGUCACACGGUAUUAAACCCCACUGUGUGUUCAUUUCAUUUCACCUGAGCUGCGGACUCUGAACUUGUGCCCAUACUGUCGUUGAUAAAGCCAAGGAAUGCGUACACGUCGUUCAGAAACCCGUAUUUAUCAGUAUGAUUAGCCUAUUCUUUAGGUGGGGGACGGAACAGGUGCAUGAACGGCGAUCAGAGAUGUGAUGGAAACAGAAGUGUGUGUUGUCCCCCACCUGUCCGCCAGGGGACCGGUUUCCCCCGUUCCACCGUCUCCAGGCUAAUCCCUCAGUCCACGUCAGGAAUGGCCGACCAGGACAGCAGCAACGCAUCUCCAGAGACACAAGUCUCUGACUCUCAGACCAAAGCAGAGGAGAGGAGAUGGUCGGGUCAGACCCAGUCCUCCACCCCGACUGUAACAUUAUCACCUACUCCCAGCAACAAUGCUGCUAACAAACCAGAGCCGUUGGUCCUCAAGAUCGACGAGCGACAGAGACUGGCCCGGGAGCGGCGAGAGGAGAGGGAGAAACAGACUGCUGCCAGGGAGGCUGUGUGGCAGGAGAGGGAGGAGAGGGCCAGACACUACUAUGACAAACACCUGGAGGAGAGGAAGAGGAAGAUGGAGGAACAGAGGAGGAAGGAGGACAGGAGACGGUCUGCUGUGGAGGAGAAGAGAAGACAGAACCUGGAGGAGGAGAAGGCCCGUCAUGAGGCGGUGAUGCGUCGGACGGUGGAGAGAAGUCAGAGAGCCAAACACACACCCAACCGCUGGUCCUGGGGCGGAGCACUGCCUGGAAACACACCUACCACACCCGGGGGUUUUGUCGAGUCGUCGUUCCUCUAUCCCCUCGACCUAGCAGGGCUGGAGCACCAUCUCCAAGGUGCAUUCAGUGUCUACCGCAGAUACGGCCUGAGCCACCAAUAUGCUGACAGACGGUCUGUGUCGACCAUGAACCUUUCUAAACAUGCAGCUGAUCCAGUUAUAACCAAGAGACUGUCCUACUCCUCUGCCACACUCUUACAUUCUCCAGACCGAGUGUUACAGAAAAGGACCUCUUCACCCUUACUUAACAAAUCACAGUCCGAACUCCGCCUACCAGGGGGAAAGACCGCCCACUACAAACCCCAAGGCAUGCGUUGUAUGCCGCUGACCCCGUGGGAGAACACAGUGGUCAAUCGUCUGCUACAGCCCACACACUCCUACCUGGCACGCAGCCGCAGCGCCAUGAGCCUGUCUGGAGACACAGGAGCCAUGCCUGUAUGUCCUCGCUCAGUGUCCUGCCACCCUAUGGGAUCUAUGUCCUUCAAGUCCAUCCAGUCCCAGCCUCUGACCGUCUGCCGCAGCCAAGAGCCACGCCUCCCCAGGGACAUGACCAACCGCAGGAGGACCACCGGCAACGCACCGGAUAAACAUAAGGACUUUGUCAGGAAGUCUUGGAGCAAUCUCUCCCUGCCUCUGACCACUCUUCCUCUGACCACACCUACUGCCAAGAGGUUCCGGUCACCAGGGAAACAGCAGACUAGAGUGACAACGCCCUCACCUGUCAGACCCCCCCAGAAGCUGUCCCUUCCUCCCUCCAGACCCCCCCAGAAGCUGUCCCCUCGCCCCUCCACCCCCAAGCAGCUACGGUCUCCCAGUGGAGAGGACUUGGGGAACCUCAGGCCCAGUAGGACAGUGCCAGAGAGCCUGUCUCUGAUUGGACUACAGGCAGGAGGACCUGAGGGAGACCAGGGGGCUGUGACCCCCUCCCAGCCCCGCCCCCAGAGCCUGGGCCAUCCCAAAGCCUGCCCCAGCACAGACACGAAGGACACACUGUCAGCAGUCAGCGAGAGUGUGGGCAGUUCCCCAGCCCAUAAGUCUACUGCAGGCACCACAGACCCAGAGGAGGCCACACGGGUCCUGGCAGAGAAACGCAGACAAGCCCGGGAACAGAGGGAGAGAGGGGAGGAGAGGAGAGGGAUACAGGAGGAGGCAGAGAGGUGUAGUAAGGCUGAGGAGAGACAGAGGAGAGAGGAGGAGGAGGAGAGGAGGAGGGAGGAGGAGGAGGAGGAGAGAGCCCAGCAGGAGAGAGAGGAGGCAGAGCGACAGCAGAAACAGAGAGAGGAGGAGGAAUGCCGUCAGAGGGAGGAUGCAGACAGACUGAGGAAGGAGAGAGAGAAACAUUUUCAGAAAGAAGAGGCUGAAAGGUUGGAGAGGAAGAAGCGGCUGGAGGAGAUCAUGAAGAGGACGCGUCGCUCAGAUCAAGUGGAGAAGAAAGCCACUCUUCAAAAGAACAUAGACGAAUCAGCGUCAAACUGUGAUUCUCCGGACCCCUCAGUGAGCCUGUCAGGGGCCGAGCACAGCGACCGCAACGGAGCCUCCAACCCUAACACUGACCCCAGCACAGCACUGCUGCCACCUGCUGACGAGAGGGAGAACGGGUUGUUUGAGGAGGUGAUAGUUCUCCCUGCUGACUCCAGACUUCCUCCUGGUGAGGAGCAGCAUGUACCUGCCACUGCGUUCCAGGAGAACGGGAUCGUAAAGCCGCUGCGUGAAGGAGUAGAUGACCCUCCAACACAACACACAGCAGAUGUCUGAUGGCUGGAAAACAGGAGAUGGUGAGAGAUGAAGGAGAGGUGGAGCCAUGGACAGGGCCUCCUGGUGUCCAGGUUUCUCCCCAUGUUACCAGAACCUCCUUCUCAAGACUUCUCACAGCAUCUUCUGGCCUGGAGAGAAUCUUUUCCCAACUCAACCUAGAGGUUUCUACAGGGGUGGAAGGGGAUAAUAAACCUAGAGGUUUCUACAGGGGUGGGAGGUAAACCUAGAGGUUUCUACAGGGGUGGAAGGUGAGGAGGUAAACCUAGAGGUUUCUACAGGGGUGGGAGGUGAGGAGGUAAACCUAGAGGUUUCUGCAGGGGUGGAAGGUGAGGAGGUAAACCUAGAGGUUUCUACAGGGGUGGGAGGUAAACCUAGAGGUUUCUACAGGGGUGGGAGGUAAACCUAGAGGUUUCUACAGGGGUGGAAGGUGAGGAGGUAAACCUAGAGGUUUCUGCAGGGGUGGAAGGUGAGGAGGUAAACCUAGAGGUUUCUACAAGGUGAGGAGGUAAACCUAGAGGUUUCUACAGGGGUGGAAGGUGAGGAGGUAAACCUAGAGGUUUCUACAGGGGUGGGAGGUGAGGAGGUAAACCUAGAGGUUUCUACAGGGGUGGAAGGUGAGGAGGUAAACCUAGAGGUUUCUGCAGGGGUGGAAGGUGAGGAGGUAAACCUAGAGGUUUCUACAGGGGUGGGAGGGGAUAAUAAACCUAGAGGUUUCUGCAGGGGUGGAAGGGGAGGUAAAGAAUAGUGUACACUACUGAUUCAUGUUUUAGUUUGAUUCUUAUUACUGUAAAGAAUAGUGUACACUACUGAUUCAUGUUUUAGUUUGAUUCUUAUUACUGUAAAGAAUAGUGUACACUACUGAUUCAUGUUUUAGUUUGAUUCUUAUUACUGUAAAGAUGAAAUGGGAUUUUUCUCACUCUUGCAUUUCUUCUGUAGAGCUUAAAAACAUUUCCUUUCUGUUUUUGCUAUUUUUUCUAUGACGAUCAGAUUGAGUGAUUGAUUAACCUCCCAACCCAAAGAUCCCGCCAAUUCACAUCGUGUCAGUGAUUUGAUUGGCUCCUCUCUCAAAGCUGCACGUUGUUGACGUCCCCUUCAGCCAGUCAGCAGGAAGGGGGGUUACCCCCUGUAACAGACAUCUCCUCCUCCUCUAGAUGACUCUGUAGUGAAGGAAGGGGGGGUUACCCCCUGUAACAGACAU